CAAUAAACUCGAAUUAAACAAAAAAUGAAAGCGAAAGUUUAACAGAGACGGAACAAGAAGAAAAUUUUGAUCAGUCAUCUUCCUGACUCCGACUGUCUCGGCCUUUCAUUUAAACACUCAAGCCUGCUAGAAUGCUGCAGUGUGCCCGACCAAACGUUGCUCCGAUUGGGGGGUUCAGCUUCGAGAACACGCGCAGAAAUGCCAUGUUGGAGGAAGAGAUGUCCAGCCUUGGGUUUAAAGCCCCUAAAGCAAGAAAAACAGGCACUACUAUUGCUGGCUUAAUUUAUAAGGAUGGGGUUAUCCUAGGGGCAGAUACCCGAGCAACAGAUGACAUGGUUGUGGCUGACAAGAACUGCAUGAAGAUCCAUUAUAUUUCUCCAAAUAUCUACUGCUGUGGAGCAGGGGUAGCAGCAGAUGCAGAGAUCACCACCCAAAUGAUGUCAUCCAACCUCCAGCUUCAUGCUCUGUCCACAGGGCGUCUUCCUCGUGUUGUGACUGUCAACAGGAUGCUAAAGCAAAUGUUAUUUAGGUAUCAAGGCCAUAUUGGGGCUUCAUUGAUUGUAGGUGGAGUUGAUGUGACAGGACCCCACCUCUACAGUAUCUAUCCCCAUGGAUCUACUGACAAGCUGCCCUAUGUUACUAUGGGAUCUGGCUCUGCUUCAGCUAUUGCAGUUUUUGAGGAUCGCUACAAGCCAAACAUGGAGCUUGAAGAGGCAAAAAAGCUUGCCAGAGAUGCCAUCACUGCAGGGAUUAUGUGUGAUUUGGGUUCAGGAAGCAAUGUGGAUUUAUGCAUCAUUACCAAAGACAAGGUUGAUAUUCUGCGACCAUUUGAUCAGCCUGGUCAAAGGGGGCGCAAACAUGGACAGUAUCGCUACAAACCGGGUACCAGUGCCAUCCUUACAGAAUCUGUUACUCCUUUGGAAAUUGAACUAGUAGAGGAGGUUAUUCAAAGGAUGGACACGGAAUGAGUAUGGUAAAUGGAGAAUCUCACUGUCAGCUUGUGAAAGGCCAUCUAAGACUGCUGCACCAUUAUUUGUUUAUUGAUGAUUAGAAUUCAUAAUUUCAUCAGAAAAUCUUAAUUAUGUUAUACUCUGA